AUGGCUAAUACCAAGGCCAAUGACGAAGCCCUACAGCAACUCAAGGCAGUAGUCAAGAGGUAUCCACUAGUGCCGGUCCAUGGGAUCCCCCUCAUGGAACCCAUUGCCCAACGAUGGGCUUCGGUUGAAAAAUUCAAAGCGCGGCCAGAUGACUUGGUCGUCGCCACCUACCCCAAAGCAGGUACCACAUGGAUGCAAGAGAUUGUCGAUCUCAUUCUUGCUGAUGGUAACACAGAAAAAUCUCGGCGAGUCCCAAUGCAUGUCCGAAUGCCAUUUUUAGAAUACUGUGCCCCACCCCCUUUGUCUUCAGGGGUUGAUAAACUAGUGAAUGCCCCAUCUCCUCGUCUGGUGAAAACUCACUUGCCAUUCCAGCUUCUUCCUAAAAGCUUUUUGGAAAAGAAUUGCAAGAUUAUUUACGUGGCCCGCAAUGCCAAGGACAACCUGGUCUCCUAUUACUUCUUCGACCAGAUGAAUUUGAUGCAGCCAGACCCAGGACCGUGGGACAGAUACGUGAAAAAAUUCAUGGAGGGCACAGUUCCAUGGGGCUCUUGGUAUGACCAUGUCCGGAGUUACUGGGAGGAGAAAGCAAAUCACCGUAUCCUGUAUGUCUUCUAUGAGGACAUGAAAGAGGACCUCGCUCGUGAGAUCCGGCGUGUCAAGGAUUUCCUUGAGGUUGACUUACCUGAGGACGUAGUUCAGAAGAUUGCCCAUCACACCUCCUUCCAGGUCAUGAAGGACAAUCCAAUGGCAAAUUAUGACACUGUUGCCAGCAUCAUCUUUGACAGGACGAAAAGCUCCUUUAUGAGGAAAGGUGAAGUUGGAGACUGGAAAAAUUAUUUCACGGUGGCUCAAAAAGAAGCUUUUGAUGCUGAUUACCUGCAAAAGAUGGAAGGAACAACUCUGCGAUUCCGGGAUGUGUUAUAG